AGUUAUGUAUGUGUUGAUCAUUCAUGUGGCGCACAGGGAAAAGGCAGCUGGAGGCGGAAGUGCCGGGAAAGGUUUUUGUACAGCAUUAGCUGAACUGUUGCUGUUUGCAGGCCCUUCUUGCAGACAUGUGGCAGGACAUCCUGCAGAGUGUCCGGUCUUAUGACUCACCCCAGAGAAACGUGAUUGCAGCUUCUUGCGCACUAGGAGGUGGAGGUCUCCUGGUCUACUGGCUUCUGUCUAGGCAGAGGAUGAAGACCCUGGAAAUGGGAAAUGGAUGGUGGGGCUCCGGUGAGAGGCCACCAACAGACAAAGAAGAUAAAGGAAUUAGACCCUUCCAAGUAAAAACAUCAGAGAAGGAAAUCCAGGAUUUGUACCAGCGUCUUGAUCAAGCCCGCUACACGCCACCACUGGAGGGGGCUGCCUUCAACUAUGGUUUCAACUCCAACUAUCUGCAGAGGGUGAUCUCCUAUUGGAGGAAUCAGUUUGACUGGCAAAAACAAGUUAAAAUCCUCAACCAGUACCCACAUUAUAAGACUACCAUUGAAGGGAUUGAAGUUCAUUUUGUCCAUGUGAAACCAUCUCGCACCCCGAAAGGUCAGGCUCCCAGGCCUUUGCUGAUGGUGCACGGCUGGCCUGGCUCCUUCUACGAAUUCUAUAAAAUCAUCCCACUGCUUACUGACCCUGCUGGUCAUGGAUUGAGUGGUGAAGAGAUGGCCUUUGAGGUCAUCUGUCCAUCCAUCCCAGGCUAUGGCUUCUCCGAGGCCCCCCACCAGCAGGGCUUUGAUUCAGUGGCUGCUGCUCGAGUCUUUCACAAGCUAAUGCAGAGACUAGGCUUUCAGGAAUAUUACUUGCAGGGUGGAGACUGGGGCUCCCAGAUCACCACAAUUAUGGCCCAGAUGCUGCCAAAAUCUGUGAAGGGGCUUCAUCUGAACAUGGUCUUCCUAACCAAAAUUGGUUUCAGUGGCUUGAUGGGUUUACUACUUGGAGCCUACACACCAUGGCUGGUGGGCCUCACCUGGGAAGACUCCCGCCGUUUAUUCCCAUAUUUUGAGAGACAUCUGUAUGAUCUCUUGCGGGAAACUGGCUACUUGCACAUCCAGGCCACCAAGCCAGACACAGCAGGUUGUGGAUUGAAUAAUUCUCCUGUGGGACUCGCUGCAUACAUCCUUGAAAAAUUCUCCACCUGGACAGAUAAAUCAUUCCGGAACAUGGACGAUGGGGGUCUGGAAAGGAAAUACUCUCUUGAUGACCUUUUGACCAAUGUCAUGAUUUACUGGGUCACUUCCUCCAUUGUGUCAUCAAUGCGUCUUUACAAGGAGAAUAUUUCCAGGAACCCCAGUACUACUCCAGAUGCCAGGCUUGGAGUUUAUGUUCCUACUGGUAUUGCUGCCUUCCCCAAUGAACUUACUCAUAGCCCACGUUCCUGGGCAAAGAAGAAGUUUAAGAACAUUGUCACCUACACCUACAUGGCACAGGGCGGACAUUUUCCUGCGUUUGAGGAACCAGAGCUCUUAGCUCAAGACUUCAGGCAGUUUGUGAAGAAGGUGGAACGUUUGUAAGUUAACAUUCAAUGGCACAAGCUUUGCAGAGAGCGCUAUGAACCAAGAGUUAGAAGCUUUCGGACAACUUAAAGUACUUAAAGCAUUUAUUACUGCUUAAGCUUUGGACAGACAAGGGUUUUCUAUGAGAAGCUGGCUGCUGCAGCCAUACGAAAUAGUCUAAAAAAGGGGGAAAGAAGAAUCCUAUUCACAUUAAAGCAUUUUUUUAAAAAGCAA